UACGUUUGACAAAAUGAGUCGCAAAUAGACUGAACCGAAUAAAAGAAGGUGUUUCAUUAUCCACGCUCAGAGGACACGUUUUGCCUUGUGCCAUAACGUUAGUUCUAUGAGGACGAGCCAGCAAUGACAGUGUCUGAAUCAAAGUCAUGGAGUGUGUAACUGUCUUUCCCAAGCAGACGUUCAGUCAGCUGAAGGUUGUUCGGCAGAGAUGGGCUCAGUGACCUCAGCUUUCACCAAGUCGCGCAACACGUUGGUCAAAGUGGGUUCGGAGCCGCAGAAAGAGCCGGACUCGAAGCCGCGGACUGGGGCUGGUGUGGUCGUCAAACAGACUAGCAAAGAACCGCUGGUGCAGAAAACAAACUGCACAUCCAGAGCAAACACGAGCAAACAGGUUCCUGCAUCUGCCACACUGGCUAAUGAGGAUGGUGAGACCAACAGCCGGCCACUGGCGAGAUUUGCACGCUCAAAGUCUCAGAGUGCACUAUGGAGCACACUCACCGCUGGGACAGGGAAGAAGGAAAAGGGAAAAGUUGAGAGGGACAUUCCAGACGAUCCACGCAGAAUAGAAGAGAUCCUGGCGGAUGAGCUUCCCGCUACAGACGUCCCAGAAGCAACAGAAAAAACUGCUGUCAGACCCGGAGUGGAGCACGAGGGACAGGAGGAGGAGGAGGCAGGAACAGGGCUUGAUGACUGCAGCGUCCCGACCACAGCUCAUCUGAAGAGGGGAAUCGCUCUCCUCUGCUCCGGCUCUGGGAUUAAGUUUUUUUCUUUCCUCGUCUUCACAUCAUGGAGUCUCCCACCAGAGAGAUCGAGGAGUUUGAAAGCACCUCGCUCAAGUACUUACAGCCCGACCAGAUCGAGAAAAUCUGGCUCCGACUGCGUGGACUGAGGAAGUACAAGAAAACAUCACAGAG